GGGCCGCGGCUCUGGGGCAGCCCAAGCCCCUGCUCUCGCUCCUUACCCUUCCCCAGGCCCCGCCCGAGUCCCCGGACGCCGUGGGACUGGAGUGCCAGUCGGUGUGGGAGGCGGGGCGGCGACGCCGCCGCGCAGAGACUGGUCCCUUCGGCCCAGCAGCCGCCUUCCCCGCACGACGGACUUUUCCCGGACCCCAGGCAGCUGGGCCCUCUGGCGCCCCGCAACCCCGGACCCUACAGCCACUGCGCAGCCUCUUUCACUCAAAAGCUCAGGUCGCCUCCAGCUCAGGUAGAUUUUGGACAAUCCCGGAUUUAGCCGCCCACAGACGAGCGUCCUGGCUGCCUCCUCACCGGCAGCACAGUGCCCUCAUCUCCCCCCACGCCAGUUCCCCUUUUAACUUCUUCAUCCUGGCCCCCUCUAGCCAGGCACUUUUGUUCCCUUUGUCUUUUGUCCUCCACUUUAGGGAUGCCUGCUGUGGGCACCACUCCUUUGUCCGGUGUGUCCUUGCCUAGUUCUCCCACUCCCGUUCUUGCCCCAUUCUGGUGGAGACCCAGGACGCCUCCUUGACUCCAACUUCUCUCUGUUAGGCUGACCUGGGAGGGUGAGUCCCUUUCGUUCCUAGAACUAUGUCAGGCACUGUGGCGACACUGCGGUUCCAGCUGCUGCCCCCUGAGCCAGAUGAUGCCUUUUGGGGUGCACCCUGUGAACAGCCCCUGGAGCGCAGGUACGAGGCACUGCCGGCCCUCGUCUGCAUCAUGUGCUGUCUGUUUGGAGUCGUCUACUGCUUCUUCGGUUACCGCUGCUUCAAGGCAGUGCUCUUCCUCACUGGGUUGCUGUUUGGCUCAGUGGUCAUCUUCCUGCUGUGCUACCGAGAGCGGGUGCUGGAGACACAGCUGAGUGCCGGGGCGAGUGCAGGCAUCGCGCUGGGCAUCGGGCUGCUGUGCGGGCUGGUGGCCAUGCUGGUGCGCAGCGUGGGCCUCUUCCUGGUGGGGUUGCUGCUCGGUCUGCUGCUCGCCGCUGCCGCCCUGCUGGGCUCCGCGCCCUACUACCAGCCCGGCUCCGUGUGGGGCCCACUGGGGCUGCUGCUGGGGGGCGGCCUGCUCUGCGCCCUGCUCACGCUGCGCUGGCCCCGCCCGCUCACCACUCUGGCCACCGCUGUGACUGGUGCCGCACUCAUCGCCACCGCCGCGGACUACUUUGCUGAGCUGCUGCUGCUGGGGCGCUACGCCGUGGAGCGGCUGCGAGCCGCCCCUGUGCCUCCCCUCUGCUGGCGGAGCUGGGCCCUGCUGGCGCUUUGGCCCCUGCUCAGCCUGAUGGGUGUUCUGGUGCAGUGGAGGGUGACGGCCGAGGGGGACUCCCACACGGAAGUGGUCAUCAGCCGGCAGCGACGCCGUGUGCAGCUGAUGCGGAUAAGGCAGCAGGAAGAGCGCAAGGAGAAGCGGCGCAAGAAGAGACCCCCGCGGGCUCCCUCCAGAGGCCCCCGGGCUCCUCCAAGGCCCGGACCUCCUGACCCUGCUUAUCGGCGCAGGCCAGUACCCAUGAAACGCUUCAAUGGAGAUGUCCUCUCUCCGAGCUAUAUCCAGAGCUUCCGGGACCGGCAGACGGGGAGCUCGCUGAGCUCCUUCAUGGCCUCACCCACAGACACGGACUAUGAAUAUGGGUCCCGGGGGCCACUGACAGCCUGCGCAGGGCCCCCUGUGCGGGUAUAGCAGUAUGGCUGCUCCAGCCUGCCUGGACUCUGUGGUCACCAGCUCUGUCAGCUUGGGGAGGCCUGCUGGUCCACCACCCAGCCCACUUGGCCCUGUGGCCUACGGCUGUCCCUCUCCCCUCCCUGGAGAGGGCUGGCCUGGCUGCUAGAAGGGAGGAACUGUCUCAGGCUAGGCCCGGCCUGAGGGAAAGCCCCUCCCAAGCUCCCAAGGGGCUCCUGAGGGACGCGAGGUGUGAGCCCCUUUGGGGUGUGCUCAGGGUUGUGAGCGUGUCACCUGUGUGUGCGUGUGCAUGGAGGGGUGGGCUUGGAGGAGACACUGGGACCUUGCCUUAGAUUUCCGAAUGGUAGGGCUUCUGCAAGGUUGGCCCCACCUCCUGUCCCACUGCUGGGGUCCCACGGGCCACUCUCCUGCAUGUCUAAGUGGAGGAGGUCUGCCUUCUUCCCCCACUGCUCUGCCUCUCAGCCAGAUUCAUCCAAGGCUCCUUGUCCUUGUCCACUGCAGCACCCCUCACCCUGGUCCCCUGUCCUCUGCAAAGCCACCAGCCUGAGGGCAGUGGCAGGGGAUGGGGGUGGGGGGUGCUA